AUGGAAUCGCUAUUACGAUCAGCCAUCCCGAACCCGCAAGAAGCAGUCAAAAACAGGCCGAAACAGGCUGUCCAAAGACGCGAGGCAUCAUUGCCCAUCGAGAAAGAUCUGGCCAACCUGGUCAUCAACGAAACAGGAGCGCAAAAAUACGUCGGCGCGGCUUCUGGAUUAUCUGUGCUCUCUCCCCGAGGACUGGCCUGGAUCGAGAAAAAGACAGGGUCGAGUCGAAUGAGAAGCGUUCUGCUGAGGUUCCAACGCGCCGAGCCAUUGUGGCCGUCCUACAAUGCAGGGUUUCACUGGAACGCGGCAACAACCGCCAACCAUGAGCUCCCUUUAAAGGAGGCCGCCAUCCACCUAGUGAAUCAUUAUUUCGACUUUUUCAACGCUUCCUACCCUCUUGUUGAGAGGCAGGCCUUUUGGGGGUGCUUCGAACGGUACUACUCCGGGGAAACCACACUCAAGAAAUCAUGGUACGCGCUGUUGAACGCCGUCCUCGCCAUAGGGUGCAUCACAGCAACAGACGAAGUGUCAACCAACGUGAUGAUCUGCGAUCCUUCUUUCUACAAUACAAAUAUGACAGAAAAAGCAUCCAAAUACUUGCAAAACGCCUGCUCCGUUCUGGUCCAUGUUCUAUUCCUGGACAUGGACCUCAUCGCAGUACAGGCGAUACUCGCAAUGGCUUUCGUCAUGCAAUCCGUAUUGGACGUUGAAGGGAUAUUCACCCUGGUCGGCACGGCUGCGCGUCUCGCCACCACAUUGGGCCUCCAUCAAUGGCUCGAAGGGUUUGGUCUCACUGAAGCCGAACUCCUACAUCGCCAACGUGUAUAUUGGAUCGUGUAUAUCAUGGAAAAAGACUUAUCUUGUCGAAUCGGCCGCCCUUCCGCCAUUGACGACGACGAUCUCGAGCUCGAAGCCGCUCUAGACAGAGUCAACAACGACCCGGACAUCGCAAUUACUUUUACGAGCAAGGCGGACAACCAGAAAUUCUACGCCUUCAAGAGCAUGUGCUCCCUGGCCGUCAUUCAGAGCAAAGUAUACCGCGAGUUAUAUCGUGCGAAAUCACGCAUCAAGACGGCAGCCGAGCGUCUGGACGCCAUCAGCACACUUGACGCCGAACUCCAGGAAUGGAAAGACACGUUUCCGCUUGAAAUCCGCCCCGAACAUCCCAUCCAAUGUAACCGGAGAACGAAAUGCGCCAUCGUCGUACUGCACUGUGGCUAUUACCACUGUUUAUCGGCCAUUCACCGCGCAAGUGCCCACCACGAGUUGUGGACGGCCGAAAUGAGCAAUCCGUUCUGGGAUGUCGCCGCCGCUCCGGAGGAUUCGCCAAUAACUGGAUCUGAGUCCCGGUCCAGAGAGAGAGAAGGAGGAUGUAAUCCCCGGAUCCAGUCCUCAUAUGCACUCUGUCUCGCUGCAGCCCGGUCGAUUGUCCACCUCAGCAUCGACUUCUUGGACCACUAUCCCGACGUGCGCAACAGCUUCAUUUGGGUCGCCCCGUACUUUCCCAUCUCGGCCCUUUUGGUUCUCUUCACACAUAUCUUGCAAUACCCCUUGGACAAGAGGGUCGAUGCCGACCUUGCAUUGACAGAAGGCAUGUUUGCCGCUUUGACCAAUUCCUCAAAUAUCGAUGAUACUCCGAUCUUGGUUUUUGUCAGGGAUUCUGUUGUCGAACUUCUCAACAUUGCUCAGGACCAUGUCAGAGAGGCUAGGUCGAGGAGGUCUCGGCAAGCCUCUUCUGGUAUGAAUAGUACUUCAUCUACCCAAGAACCACAUCAACCCGUAUCGACAGGACGGGUUCUCAAGCAGCAGACUCCGAGACAGUUGCAAGCGGAGCCUCAACCACAACCGCAACAGUCGUCGCAGCACCGGCACCCCCAUUUCUAUCCAGACAUGACAAGUACUACUACCUCACCAGGCUUGCCAGCCACAACCGCAACUGCAACUUCCAGUCAGACCUUGGGUCCUUUCCACAACGCUACCACAAACCCGUAUAACAACGCGAUCGACCCCUCCGCGCCCUCAAAUAUUUCUCAACAGCAGCCCAACUUGAACCCCAAUAUUGGCAACCCCUUCAACCCUCCCACGACGCUCGGCGCCGAGCCAGAGCCUUUCUCGUCCGCUCAGGAGGCGACCAACUUUUCCGACCUUCUUUUCCCCACCACUGGCAUGUCACUUGAACAACAAAAUACGAAUACGCUCAUGGACGACCCCUUUUACUUUUUGCAGUACGGUGAUUGGGACUGGAGCCAAUAA